AUGCCAGAUUGUAUAGACUGCCGCAAAUGGGCUGGCGCAUUUCACUCGGCUCAUCUCUUCGUCAAGACCGAUGACAUCCAAACCGACAGCCCGCAGCCUCGCGUCUACGUCGUCAAGGCCGACAGCGGCAGCGACAUGGAGCGGGCGUGGUGCGACAGGUGCGGCGCCGGCAUCUGGAUCCGGCAGCUCCACAAGCCCGAGAUGACGAACCUCAAAGCCGGACUAUUUGAGCCGGGCGAUAUUCCGAGCCCGACGAUGGAGAACUGGCUGAAGAACCUCGAGUCUUGGGAGACGCCCGCCAAGGGGACGACGCGGACGUCACAGGUCAACUGA